AUGCUCCGGCGGCGUCGCUUUGUGAUGGCCGGGCCCAACGUCAUCGAGUCCGAGGCGCACGCCUUUGCGACGGCCGCUGCGCUCGCCGAGGCGAUGGCGCCGUUCGACGCGACUCUCAUCUUCAAGGCGUCGUUCGACAAGGCCAACCGAACGAGUGGCGGCUCAUACCGCGGGGUGGGACUCGCGGCAGGGUGCCGGCUCUUCGAGCGCGUGCGCUCCGAGCUCGGGCUGCCGGUCGUGACGGACGUGCACGAGCCACACCACCCGGCGGAGAUCGCGCACUGCGUCGACGUGAUCCAGAUCCCGGCGUUCCUCUGCAGGCAGACGGACCUGAUCGCCGCGGCUGGUGCCACCGGCCGAGUUGUCCAGAUCAAGAAGGGCCAGUUCGCCUCGGCCGAGGCGAUGCACCAGCAGAAGCGCAAGGCGCUCGACGCCGGCGCCGGCGGGGUCAUUCUGUGCGAGCGCGGGAGCUUUUUUGGCUACCACGACACGGUGGUCGACCCGCGCAACCUGCGCUGGCUGCGCGAGGAGGCGGCGCCGCCCGGCGCCGCCGGCGAGACCCUCGUCUGCCUCGACGUCACCCACUCCCUGCAGCGGCCGUCGAAGCAGCUCGCCGACGGCCGCAUUGUCUCUGGCGGCAGUCCGCGCGACCUGGCCCCGUGGAUGGCGAGGCUUGGCCUCGCCUUCGGUGCGCACGGGCUCUUCGUCGAGGUGCACGAGCAGCCCGACGCCGCACUGUGCGACGCGCCCACCCAGUGGCCGCUCCACCGUCUUUCGGAGCUGCUGGAC